GCCAAUGCGUUCAAUUUCACUAGUAAAAGUUGGUAAAAGUUAAACGUGCUUUGUGUGAGAAUUUAAUUGGGUUCAGAUUAAACAUUUAUUAAAUAAACAAUGGGAAAUAAGAGGAAAAGGCAUGAUCGCGAUGAUUAUGAAUAUGAUCCUGCUCCUAAACAUUUACAAAUAAAUCACAUAAAAAAUCAAGAGAAACGUCUUAUCAUUGUAUUAGAGAAUGCUCAAUUAGAAUCUGUGAAGAUAGGAAAUAGUUUUGAACUAUUGAAUUGUGAUGAUCAUAUAAACAUUCUGAAGAAAAACAAUCGUGAUCCAGGCACAUGCAGACCAGACAUCACUCAUCAAUGUCUAUUAAUGUUGAUGGACAGUCCGUUAAAUAGAGCUGGAUUUUUGCAAGUUUAUAUCCAUACAGAAAAAAAUGUAUUAAUAGAAAUUAAUCCACAAACUAGGAUACCGAGAACAUUUAAACGUUUUGCUGGACUGAUGGUACAACUAUUACAUAAAUUUAAUAUCAGAGCAUCUAAUGGACCAAUGAAGCUUCUUAAAGUAAUCAGAAAUCCUAUAUCAGAUCACUUGCCAGUUGGUUGUCAUAAAACAUUAAUGUCAUUUCAUGCAAAAAAAGUGUUAAAUCCACGAGAGCUCGUACCUUCUGACGUUCCAAUUACAAUGGUAGUUGGAGCUAUGGCACAUGGCCAAGUUAAAGCAGAUUAUACAGAAGAUACCUUCUCAAUAAGCAACUAUCCUUUAUCAGCUGCUGUUACAUGUAGUAAAUUAUGUACAGCGUUUGAAGAAGUUUGGGGAAUCGUCUAAUAAAAAUCUAUACAAUAUAAUAUUCGGAUAUUUUAUUUUAUAAGAAAAAUUGUGUAGUAAAUAGGAAUGAGAACAAACUUAUAUAUAUAAUUAUUUUCUAUUU